AUGUAUGAAACAGGAGAACAGUGUGAAUGUAUAGUGUACACAUUCAAAGCUCAACCAGAUGAGAUUGUGCAUAUUGCAUUUACAAGUUUUCGUUUAUCACGUGAUCUUUAUCCCACACUUCAAUCUGCUAAAUUCAAAUAUCAUCUAGAUUAUAACCAAUUGGAAAAAGUAGAAUGUUCAGAGUAUGUUAGAAUAUUUGACAACUUGGAGACAAAUGAGUUAGGCAAUGAUGAUAUGUACAGUUAUGAAUUAUGUGGUAAUUUGGAUGAAAUCAGUCAACAUCACUACAUCUCCAAGAAGAAUAUUCUGAUGAUGGAAGCAUGUCUAUCAUCAAGUGACUCAGGAAAUUUUAAAUCCAAUGGAUUUACUGGAAAAUACACUUUUGAACCAAAAAAUCGUUAUACAAAUGAUGGUCAACAUGUGAUGGGAACAAAUUGUGAUCGUUUGAUGAAAAGUCCAUUCUACGAAGAAAACUCCUCUCCAUCAAUGAUAGAUCGACCAAGUCAAUCUAAAUCUGGUCAUCUUUUCAGUCCUAAAUAUCCUCAGAAUUAUCCACCGAAUAUGAUGUGCAGAUUUUACCUAAUUGGUCAACCAUAUGAACGAGUUAUUCUCAAUUUGAAAGAUGUACAGUUGCAAAGUCAUAAAAACAAAAAUAAUACACUUCCUCCAAAAGGUGAUUAUCUAGAGAUAUCUGAAGCUGAGAAAAUAACACUAAUCUCUAAAAAUACCGGUAAUACACACUCCUCAAUAUUCUCCUUAGCUUCAAUACCGAAUUCACUUUAUCAUUCUAACAAUAUGCCUAUUCUUCAACCAAUUCAAAUUAUCCAAUACGUCCAUGGCAGUUCAAAUAUGCUGAUCACAUUUAUCAGUAAUAAUGAUGGUAAGCAAUCACGUGGAUUUGAAGCGACAUAUCGUUUUGUACAUAGAAAUCAAGUAAAACCAACCAUUAAGAAUCAUCAUGAUAGUGUAAAAAUAAAUCAAUCACCAACUAAUCGAGGACUAUCAACUAAUCAUCAUCCUAAUGGGAAUACUCGCGGUACAAUGGAUCCAGUUCCCCCUGAUAUAGGUAUGUUUUUUCGUGACUAUCCGAUAAUAAUCUAG